UACUUCAACCUCCUGCUCCUCUGGCUGUCAUGGAAACACGUCAUGUGACCUGCGCAACACUGUCAACAACUGCAGUGGCUGUGAGCCCAUCUCUCUGGAGAUCUGCAUGAAUCUGCCCUAUAACUCCACCCGCUUCCCCAACUAUCUGGGUCAUCACUCUCAGAAGGAGACGUCUGUGAGCUGGGAGUCCUCGCUCUUUCCUGCGCUCGUUCAGACAAACUGCUACAAAUAUCUCAUGUUCUUUGCGUGUACUGUGCUUGUGCCCAUGUGUGACCCUGUAACGCAGCAGAGAGUGCCACCCUGCAGGUCUUUGUGCAGGAAUUCUAAGGAACGAUGUGAAUCAGUGCUGGGAAUUGUGGGAUUACAGUGGCCUGAGGAUACAGACUGCGCUCAGUUUCCAGAGGAAGGUCAAGCAAAUAGUUCCUGUUUGCUUCCUGACCCGGAUGUGAACGAGUGCUCACCCAGUCACUUUAAGUGUCGCUCGGGAAGGUGUGUCCUCUCAUCCAAACGCUGUGAUGGACACAUGGACUGUGAUGAUGACAGCGACGAGGAAACAUGCGGGUGUGUGGAGCGGGGCUUGUGGGAAUGUCCCGGAGACAAAACCUGCAUCCAUCACAACAUGAUCUGUGACGGCUUUCCUGACUGCAGCCAGCAGGAGGACGAGAAGAACUGCUCUGUGUGUAGCAGUCAUGAGAUGGAGUGUAACAAUCAUCAGUGUGUUCACCGCUUGCUGUGGUGUGACGGCAGGAGACACUGCUCUGACAGCUCAGAUGAGUGGAACUGCGUGUCUCUGUCUGACGAGGGAUUUGUUGUGGUGCAUAAGGCUGGGUUGGAGUAUCGGGUGUGUGCGGAUGGAUGGAGCUCAAAUCUCAGCAGCGUCGCGUGUACACAGAUGGGUUUAGGUUCUCCUCUCUCUGCAGACGCGGUGCUGUACGUGUCGUCUGCUGCGGGACGGAGGCGCUGGAUGCAUGUUGACCCAGACUGGAAUCCACAGAACAUGUUUCCUCUACAGGGCCUGCUGGAAAAGCGAGGGCAGAGUUGCCCAUCAUACAAGAAGAUCUCACUGAAGUGUACAAGAGACGAAUGUGGCCGCCGGCCCGCUGCCCGGAUGGUGAAGAGGAUUCUGGGAGGCCGCACGAGUCGUCCGGGCCGAUGGCCGUGGCAGUGCUCCCUACAGAGUGAACCCAGCGGACACAUCUGUGGCUGUGUGCUCAUCGGGAACAAGUGGGCACUAACUGUAGCGCACUGCUUUGAGGGGCGUGAGAGCGCAGACGUGUGGAAAGUGGUUCUUGGCAUCAAUAAUCUGGAUCAUCCGUCUCCAUACAUGCAAACGCGGCACAUCAAAAGCAUCGUCGUCCACUCGCGCUACAACCGGGCCGUGGUGGACUACGACAUCAGCGUGCUGGAGCUGGAGACCGAGGUGGAGGUGACCAGUUAUGUGCGUCCCGUCUGUCUGCCCGGCCGCGGACAGCUGCCCAAAGCUGACAAGUACUGCCACAUCACGGGCUGGGGACACAUGGGGAACAGAAUGCCGUUUAAGCUCCAGGAGGGAGAGGUGCGGAUCAUCUCAGUCUCCCAGUGUCAGUCUUACUUCGACAUGAAGACCAUCACGUCACGCAUGCUCUGUGCCGGAUACGAGGCGGGAACCAUCGACUCGUGCAUGGGUGACAGCGGUGGUCCGCUGGUCUGUGAGGAGGAUGAUGGCCGCUGGUCUCUGUACGGUUUGACCUCCUGGGGGUCGGUGUGUUUCUCUAAGGUCCUGGGCCCCGGCGUCUACGCCAAUGUGACGCACUUCACCGAGUGGAUCGAGAGACAGAUUUACCUGCGCACGUUUAACCUGCUGUAGGUGAACACACACAUGCUCAUAAACACACACACACACACAAUGGCACACACUCAC